CAUUUCCAAGCUCAGCUUCUUCUUCCUCCUCCCUCCAUUGCCAGGGACCACACUUCAUCUCCAAUCACCACCAUGCCUCCUCGUCUCCCCACCACCACCGUGCGAUCUGCCUUGUCCUGCCGCAUCACGAUCGCGAGGUUCAGCACGAGCAGCGACAAUGCCGUGAUCCAGACUCAGCACGUCCCCGCCCCCGGAUCGGGGAGCAUUCGCGUCCUGCUACUGAACCGACCUAACGCACGCAAUGCCAUCUCGCGAGACCUUCUCAAUGGAUUGGCCAAGAACGUCCAGUCGAUUGCCGCCGAAGGGGGCUCAGGUCCAACCCGGGCCCUCGUCAUCGCCAGCAACGUCGACUCGGCGUUCUGCGCGGGCGCCGACCUCAAGGAGCGCGCGACCAUGUCUCGGGAAGAAACAGCCGAAUUCUUAACUAAUCUCCGAACGACCUUCCGCACCCUCUCGGAACUCCCCAUUCCUACCAUUUCCUCCGUCUCCUCCAUGGCACUCGGCGGCGGACUCGAGCUCGCCCUCUGCACGCAUCUCCGCGUCUUCGGCUCCUCCAGCAUGGUCGGACUUCCCGAGACACGACUAGCGAUUAUCCCCGGUGCCGGAGGUACCUAUCGUCUCCCGAGCCUGAUUGGCGUGAACCGUGCCCGGGAUCUCAUCCUCACUGGACGGCGGGUGUCCGGUCCGGAAUCAUAUUUCAUUGGACUGUGCGAUCGGCUCGUGGAGAUUCUCCCCGAGGAGGAAGCCAAGGAGGGCGUGGCGCGGGAGAAGGUCCUCCGGGAAAGUAUCAAACUUGCGUUGGAUAUCUGUGAGGGCGGGCCGAUUGCCAUCAAGCAGGCCUUGAAGGCUGUGAGUGAGUACCAGCGGGGCGAGGCGGCCGAGAAUGAGGCGUAUCUGGGCGUGAUGGGCACGGAGGACCGGUUUGAGGCUCUCCGGGCGUUUGCGGAAAAGCGGAAGCCUGUGUUCAGGGGGAGAUGA